AUGUCGAAACGCACCUCACUCUUCACUCACAGAGCGUGGGAGCUCCUCCGCGCGCUGCUGUGCACCAGAAGAGGCGAAUUGUGCAGAAACAGAGCCGCGAUCACGCGCAGCGCGUUCCACAAGUUAUUCAAAAAAAUCGGGGCCUACGCCGCCAGAGAUUCGCGCACGGCGCUUCUCUACGGCGAUCACGAGAUCUCGUUCCAGAGGACGCCGGUGGUGCACGUGAGGAUGCACCGCGCGCCGGCUGCUCUGCGGCUCAAGCUGCCGCACAUUCCGUGCGUCACGCCGCAGGUGGAUCACGAUUGGGAGGAUGAGGACGAUGAGGUGUGGUGCGAUCCUGUGCGUCGCAAUUGUUUGUUGAAGGAGGAGGAGAUGAGUGAUGAAAGUGAUGAGGGGAUUGAUGAGAGGGCGGAGGAGUUCAUCACUAAGUUCUAUGAGGAAAUGAAGCAGCAGAGACAGAUUUCAUAUGUAUGA